UAGCAGGUUGUCUACCAUCUUCAGCUAAUUUUCACUGUAAUCCAAUUCGCUUGUUUGCAGCAAUCAGCGUUGCCUCCAAUUUCCAUUAUUUCUUCGAUACUCAUUCGAUUUCAGCUGAUGGGAAGCAUCUCAAUGUGACCUUCCGACAUGAAAAGUGGAUUUAUUCUAGUCUUUGGCAUUUUUUGCGUCAUCGAAUGUUUCCCACUUUCCUUGAACAGUGCAAGAAAAGAAGAUACAGGGUUAAACAGGAGAAAACGAAGCAACGAGCAAAUUGCAGACAAUGAGGUUCGCACAAUAAUAUCAGCAAUCGUUGAUGCCAUCCUGGAUGGUGACAAAAGGAAGAGAUCCGAAAUUCCAGAUGGCGAUGAAGAUGAAACCGGAGAAACAAUAACUGGUAAAGAGUUGGACACAACAACUCGAAGGGCUCUUAAAAACAGCAACACUGAGAUGGGCAUUAACAAAAAGUUGUCCAAGACGGGGACUUUCGAUAGAAUUUCAGCCAAAUCAAAUUUCAAUCCGUUGAUUGAAUCAGCCGUAGAGCAACAGGGAGGCAAACGUUCCAAAACUAUACAGGAUAACUCAAAGAAAACAAAGGAUGAAGGCAACGUACAAACUUUAGAGUUCAAUGGCUCCGGAAAUAAUAUGGAAAAAGGAUCCUCAAAAUCUAGCAACUCCAUUGCGGUAAAAACACAGAACGUUUCAAAACGAGGUGUCGAAGACUUUGAUUCGAAUCUUAUUGGGUCUCGGACAACGGAAAGUGAGAUGCUCAUUGACAAAACUGUCGAUUCGUUAAUACAAACUGCGGAUUUUGUGGCAUCUGAGUCAAGUGAAUCUGGGGAAUCAGGAGAAUCCGGCCAUUCUGGAGAAUCGGGAGAAUCCGGGGAAUCUGGAGAAGCGGGUGAAUCCGGAGAUUCUGGAGAAUCAAGCGAAUCUGGAGAAUCAGGGCAAUCUGGAGAAUCAGGGCAAUCUGGAGAAUCAGGGCAAUCUGGAGAAUCCGGCGAAUCUGGUGAUACAUCUGUAUCAAAGUUUAGCAAAAGAGAUCGAAUUCCUAAAGAUGCUGAGGAAAUAAAGACACAAGAAAAUCAUAUCGUUGCAAAACAAAAAGUUAAGGAGACUUGGCCAAGGAAAAGGGAGACUUCUGUUGAAGAAGAGGGUUUGGUAGUAGGGGAAGGGAAGGAAGGAGAAAGUUCAAAGAGUGGGGAACUUGGAGAAAGCGGAGAAAGUGGAGAAAGCGCAGAAAGUGGAGAGAGUGGAGAGAGUGGAGCAAGUGAAGAAAGUGGAGCAAGUGGUGAAAGUGGAGCAAGUGGAGAAAGUGGAGAGAGUGGAGAAAGUGAGGAGAGUGGAGAGAGUGGAGAAAGUGGAGAGAGUGGAGAAAGCGGGAACUCAAGCAACGGUGAUGUUCAGAGUGAAGCGUCCUUUCAGAAAAGAAGUGAUAUUCCAAAUACCAAAGGAAAAUUUAACAAAGAACAGUCUUUCUCCAGUAAAAUAAGUGGAGAUUCAGAACAGUCCGGCGAAAGUGGGGAUUCAGAACAUUCAGGCGAAAGUGGCGAGUCGGGUGAAUCCGGCGAAAGUGGCGAGUCGGGAGAAUCCGGCGAAAGUGGCGAGUCUGAUGAAUCCGGCGAAAGUGGCGAGUCUGGUCAAUCCGGCGAAAGUGGCGAGUCGGAAGUAUCAGGAGAAGGUGGCAACGGCUCAUUCCAAAAGAGAAGCGAAAUCCCUGGAUUUCAGUUGGAAAGUGAUGACGAUGCAGCUGCUGUUUCAGGAGAAUCGGGAUCUGGGUCAGGAGAUGAUCACGAGGACGACCUUACUGAAAAAUUUCAGAUGCAAAUAAAGCAGAACAGGUCGGAUACUGGCUUAGGGAGCCACAUAAAGACUGUGGAAGAACAAGGACGAGAGCUUGAGCAGGAUACUAGUGGGAGUGGCAGUGGUGACGUAGAAGAGGAAAGCGGCGAUGAAGACUCUGAAGAGGAAGCAGCAAGCGAAGAGAGUGCCAAAAUCGUCGAAAAGAUUGUCCAAAGCGUCGCUAAAGCGGCCAAACCAAGAGAACAGUCAUCCGAAACUGACGACAGUUCCCAAAAAGAUGAAAGUGCCAGCAACGACACGAAAGGGUCAUCAGAACUAUUAACAACUGUAACUCGAUCAGUCGAUGAUGCAGAUGAGGACUCUCUCGGAAAGCAGAAAGAGACUAGCAAAGCAGGAGCAAUUGACGCUACAAACGAAGAUGCAUCUUUGUUUGGUCUGGUCAAAAGAAUGGUUCUUCAUAGUGGGAAAGACGGAACAAAACUGACAGAGACGCUUCUUCACCAGCAAAAGAAUCAAGACGAGCGAAAGCUGACUGGCGAUUUAGAAGAGGCUGUAGGCAUGAAAAACAUUGAAGGCGAUGCCGAAAAGGCUACUGUAAGAUCAUUCAUUAAAAAAGAAAUCGGAGACUUAGAAGGCAUGGCAGCCUCACUCUCAAACAUUGGUGGCCUAGAUCCUGAGAUGCAUAAAGUAAUAGCUGCCUCAUUGGAGCGAGGCAUGAUGAAGAGGCUGUCCAUUCCGGAAAAGAAAAUGUCUGACCUGGCCCAAGAGGAAGAUUCCAUAGUUAAGGACGCAGAGGCUCUGUUCAUAGCAAAAAAGUUGACAGAUAUUCAAGAUAGCGAUGCUGUACUAACGACAGAAGAGCUAGAGUCUAAAAAGCGAUCUUUGGAUUCGUUGAUUGAAGCCCUUCCGAUUGCAAGAAAUAAAAUUGAACAAUUGUCUAAAACUGUAAAAGAUGCGGCCUUUGUAAACAAACGAAAAGAAGGGGAUCUUAAAAAGGGUACAUCGAGGUGAGAAAAUGCAGGGAUAUGGCAAAAAGGGGAGAAGAGGUGAUUGGAAUUCAAAAGUUCAUCUCGUGGCUAUUAUGUUGCAGUUAGUGUUCAUCAAAUGCCUUGCGGGUGAACUACCUUGGGAAUAAAAGGCAAUAUGACAUAAAAGUUCAUCAAUUUGCAGUUGAAAUUGAAACUGAAUGACAAAAAACAACUCGUUCCUUAGAUGCCAUUAACAAUAAAUAUCUAUUCUGACAAUCGGUCGUAGCGCUUUAAAUAAAAAAUUUUUAUCUUCAAUUUUUGAAAUGACGUGAGCAGCUUGUUGAAUGAGCUAAACUGAUAAAUUAAAUUAUAAACUUUACCGAUGGGAAAGUUUUUUGCUCAAGGGUUUUCUUAUUUUCCUACCUAAUCAACUAAAACUAACUACAAUUCAACGUUCGAAGUAAUAAUGAGUUAUAUCUAGCCUAACGUGUGUAAUUAGAACUUAGUGAAUGUAACUUUUAUACGCAAAUAAGCUUAUGAAUAUAAUACUCAAGCUACACAUAAUAAGGGUGAUAUUCAAACUACAAAAUAACGGGAUACGUUAAUGAAUCGGCCAUUAAGAAAGCUAAUAUCUUGUUACCUUAGAGCCGUUUUGCUUUCAGCAUUUUAAUUUGUUCUAUAAAUACCUUCAUCGCAUGUGCUUGAAGCUUAAUGAAGAUCUAAGUUCUACUUUUUCAAAACUUAUAAUAGAAAUGACAAGGUAUCAAAUACUUCUUUUAUUAAUUGAACUUUUUACGUUUUAAGUUCAUUGUGGUUUUGUGUUGAUACAGUUGUGUAUGUAUAUAGUAAUGCAUUAAAGCAAUAAAUGAAUCUACAAAAA